AUGGCUUGGCGUGCUGUCGACUGGUGUGUCGAGUUAAACAAGUUGUUCACAAAGGUUAAAAAUGGAGGCAAAGGGUCCAACCACACUGUCAAGUGCAUUUUUCUUGAAUCACCGCUUGUGCAGGCAUACCAUAAUGCACAAAGCAUGAUUCACAAAAACUUCCUUCUCACCCACCUCACUAUGAAACACUCAAGUCCUAACAUGAAGAAAACAUUUGAAUUACUAUGUAACCAACUGGCUAAACAGUCCCCGCACUCGCCAACACCUGGUAGGAACAGCUGA